AUGGCGCGUCUCCCUGGGCCUGGUGGGUGCGCCGGCCGCCCGGCCGUCGUCAUCUUCGUCGGCGCGUUCUUCCUCACCGACACCCCCAGAAGCCUCGUCAUCAGGGGCCGGGCGGCGCUGCUCCGGGUGCGCGGGCCCGACGCCGAGCCUAGGGACAUAGCCAAGGCCGUCGAGGCCGCGAUCGAGUACCGCCCGCACCUGAUCGUCGGAUUCGGGAGCAACGCCGCUUUGGUGGGCGCCGUCAUACUCGGUGCGGUGAACCUGGGCUCCCUCGUGCUCUCCACCCUCGUCAUCGACCGCUACGGACGGAAGAUCUCUGCCGAUCAAUGGGAUGAUGUAACAUUUACGUUAAAUGCUCUGAAACGGGAUAUUCCAUGGCUAACGAAGGGCAAGCUGAAGUUAUGCUCACCACUGAGUAAUAUGAGCAUGUCUAUUACACGAUACAGAGCUGAUUAA